AUGUGGCGUUGGGUGUCUCUAGGUGGGUGGUGUGGACCGUCGCUCAUGCUCAGCAAGCUGGGCCUUCGCCCCGCUGAGGAGUCGCUGCCCUUCGACAUGGUGCGCUGCACCUUCGACGGUCUGGUGGAGUUGACUGCGAACGGCUUUUCGUCGUCGCUGCGUCCUACUCCUCUGGUCCCCUCAGCGAACCCUGCAGCAAGCUCGAGUGCUGUCACCGACGUGGCCCGCUACAACUUUUUCGCGAAGCAAGAGGACGGCUACUUCCCACGAGCAUCACGCCUUUCGUCAGCGUCCUCCCCUUCCGAUGCUGCCUGCACGGGUGCACCUCGGUGCUUUGUUCCAGAUCCGGUGAAUGUAUGGUUGCUCUUCCGAAGCCAGCACGCCUGCUUCACCCACUAUGACUUGAACAACACGGAUGUGCAGGCGGAGUUCCGCAGACGCAUUCGUGCCUGGGAGGCCCUGCUUUCCCCGGACAGUGCAGGCGACGCUGGCCAGGAAACGGUGCGGCCCGUCACCUUCAUCCGCACCGUCAUUGCCGAGAACCCGGCGGAGGAGCUGGAGAUGCUGCCGCAAUUUCACCAGGCAGUGCGGGAGCGCACCCGCGGGCGACUUCCCUUCCGCACCGUUCUCGUCGUGCACGAUCAGGCAGACACGACGCGGCCGCUGUGCGCGAUGCCACAGGAGUCGGACCAUGACAGCCCAUGUAUUGUGUGGAAUCUGAGGCGGCAGCGUCCGGCGCCGACUCCCUCGUCCUCUUCAGCCGUCGACGCAACGGGCGCGACGUCAGCAGCGGCAGAGGCGCCGUCGCUGCUGGACCAGUGCCAUGAUGGCUACCAGACAAUCCUCACCACCAUGUCCAAAAACGCGAAGUGGCGCUCGCUGGACGCCACGCUGCCGGCUUACGAGACGUACGUCAAUUCCCGAAAGGCGCCCUUCACCCCCUACACGGAGCUGAGCCGUGUAGACGGGGUGCCAGCCGUGCGAGGCACGUGCACCGGGUUCGGGUCGACUUUCUCUGCAGCUUUGGGCCGCUGCGUCCACUGUGGAUGCACCGAUGGGCACGCCGUCUCCGCAGAGCAAUAUGACAAGCACCAGGAGUGGGAAGAAGAGGAUGUGAACGAGUUGCUCCUCAACUAUGCCCUGCACCACUGCGACGAGGUGGCUGCGGUGGAGGCGACGGCGCGGCAGCAGAAGCGCGGCGCGCACGAGACGUGGCAGAAGCUGCGGGUUCUUCUGUCAGACUGA